AUGGAAAUACAUAGUAUGGGUUCACAAUCCAAAAAAUCUUCAUUCAGUAAUGAAGAAAAAAAUCCUGUUGUCGCCGAGUCUAUAAUUGAUACCAAGAUUACUAAGGUGACUUCAGAAGAUAACGUGGAUGAUCCUGAAGAACUUGCUGACUUGGGAUAUAAACAAGAGUUUCGUCGCCAGCUUUCCUUAUUUGGUAUCUUUUCAAUUGCUUUUUCUGUACUAGGAUUGCUUCCCUCCGUUGCUUCAACGCUAUCCUUCAGUCUUUCGUACGUUGGUACUCCUGGCUUGCUAUGGGCUUGGCUAAUUGCUAUUUUCUUUUUAAUAUGUAUUGCAUUGAGUAUGGCAGAAAUUUGCUCUGCUUUACCAACUUCGGGAGGCUUGUAUUAUGCAGCAGCUGUCUUUGCUCCUGAGGGUUGGGGUCCUUUAGCUUCCUGGAUUACUGGAUGGUCGAACUACAUUGGAAAUGUAAUUGGACAACCUUCCGUCAAUUCCAGCGCUGCAAGUAUGAUUUUGGGCGCUGUAAGUAUUAACAGAUCCUCUUAUUCACCUACAAAUUACCAAGUUUUUUUGCUCAGUGUGGGUAUUCAAUGUUUACAUUGCUUUCUAGCUUCUCUUCCCACAAGAUACAUCUCAAAAAUAAACCGAGUGAAUACAUUCAUUAACAUUCUCUUCCUUUUUAUUGCUGCAUUCGCGAUUAUCGGUUAUGCCGCAAAAAAUGACAAAUUCAACCAUGGUACACAUCCUUGGCGUGAAAUUAAAAAUACAACAAAUUGGCCAGAUGGAUUUGCUGUGUUGCUUUCUUUUAAUGGUGCCAUUUGGACAAUGUCCGGCUAUGAUGCUCCAUUUCACUUGAGUGAAGAAUGCGCCAAGGCCAGUGUUAAUGCUCCGAAAGCUAUUGUACUUACUGCAGUUAUCGGUGGUAUAGUUGGUUGGCUUAUGCAAGUCCUUGUAUCUUAUACGAUUGUUGACGUUCAUGCACUCAUAACCGGAAGUGGUAAUAUGUGGAGUAUUUACUUAAGUCAAGUUAUGCCAAAAUCUGCUGCAAUCGCCAUUUUAAGUCUAACAAUCUUCUCUACAUUGAUGAUGGGCCAAAGUUCUUUAAUUGCAUCUUCAAGGAUUGCGUAUUCUUAUGCUAGAGAUGGCAUUCUCCCCUUUUCUGGAUGGAUCGGCAAAGUAAAUAACCAAACGAAAACACCCGUAAAUGCAGUAAUUUGCAACGGAAUUAUUAGUAUUUGUAUUUUAUUCUUGCUGUUUGCCGGUGAUGAAACUUCAAGUGCAGUUUUUUCAGUGGGAGCUGUUGCUGCUUUUUCAGCUUUUACCAUUCCCAUUUUUAUUCGUGUAUUUUGUAUGAAAGACUCUGAGUUUCAUAGAGGCCCGUGGAACCUUGGUAGAUACUCAAGACCUAUCGGUGCUCUUGCUUGUGCUUUUGUCGCGUUGAUGAUUCCUGUCUUGUGCUUUCCAAAUGACAAAAAUCCAUCGCCAAAAACCAUGAACUGGACUUGCUUGGUUUACGGCGGACCCAUUUUCUUGACACUCAUUUGGUAUGCCAUUUCAGCCAGAAAAUGGUUCAAGGGACCUAAGGCUAGUGAAACAUUCAAAGGUGAAUCAUGUAAUCCUUCAUCUAUACCGGAAUUUUUUGAAGGGAAAGAAAAAUAA